AUGGCUGAGUCAGGUUCCAACGGUUGGGUUCCUGAGUUCAUUACCAUUGCAGCUAGUGGGGACUACCUGGUCCCGGCUCUUCUUGCCGGUACCCUUCAUGUUGUGAGCGACGGCUCAUACAAAGCUAAAGUGGGCACAGCAUGCGCCCAAAUUCUAACUGAGGAUUGCAAGGAUAUCAUUUGGAUCACCUGCCAAACUCCAGGGAAAUCUGAAGAACAGAGCUCGACUCAUACUGAAUUGAUUGGCCUUAUGGCUUCUCUUCUGGUUUUGGAAUGGAUGUCUCAGGUUGCUCAACUAAAACUCUUUGCCAGCCAAUGUCGGUCGAGAUGGCCUGCAAUGGUCUUGUUGCCGUUGAUAAGUCCUUCUCCAAAGCCCAUCUGUCCUCGUCUAGCGCCCAGUUUGACUUGGCCUACACCAUCCGGGCCUUGCUUCGCCACCUUCCCCUCCAAGUUCACCGGCGCCAUGUUAAAGGUCACCUGGACAAGCACCGACCUUUCUCCCGACCUUUCUCCCAACUGGACUGGUGGGAGCAGCGCAAUGUUGAAGUUAAAUCUAAAGCACAAUCCUACCGCCGCCUGCUGGAGUCUACAGGCCGCUCGGCUGCCUCCAACCCCUGCUUCUUCCAUGAACCUGUGUCUUUAUUCAUCGACGGUGUUAAGUCUUCCAAACUGGAUAAGGCUCACAUCAUGGAGCUGGUCUCUCUUCCUGCCCUUCGAGCAUAUUGGUCCUCCAAGGACCGCCUCUCCGAGCAGUCCAUCCGUCCAAACGCCAUCUGGCCUUCCGAACCAGUGGGCCCCGAGACUUCAAUCACCACCUUGCAUAAGGAUUGCAUGCGAUGGAUUUUCGGCGCUGCUCAACACCUUUAGUGACAAUCGAGUCACACCGCAACAAGCCCAGUUUGACCUAGUCUCCUCUAUCCGGGAGGCACUUGCCCGCUCUAGGGCCUCAUGGGAACCUAACCAAGUGUAUGGUCACCUUGAUAAGGCGACAUCCUUUUCGUGUCUCUCUUGGUGGUCCAAACAGAAUGUGGAAGUGGAUGCGUGGGCGGUCGCUUAUUGCCACCAGCUCGAAGCUUCACACCGCUUGAUCGCACCUAACGCUCGUUUCUUUACCAAAUUGGCUGCCCUCUACAUCGGGGACGUCAGACAGUCGCGAUUGAAUCCAGAACAGGUCCAGGAACUGGUGGCACUGCCUGCUCUACGCAAGCGAUGGCACGAGCGGCAGAUGAUUUCACCAGAGACAGAGCUGGAGACCGAUUGGACCAGUCUGGCUCACGCCAUGAGGUCCCUUCCGGCAGGUGUCCAACGUUGGACCACAAAGCAUGUCGUGGGUAUGUGUGGUGUAGGGAAGUUCAAAGUCCGGUGGGGUGCCGCAGACUCAGCUGCAUGUCCCUGCUGCGGCGAGUUCGAGGACCACCUUCACGUUCCUCGCUGUACGGCGCCCUCGGUGAGUGCGGAAUGA